GAUAUGGUUAUAAAGCAGCUGUGUUGAAUAAUUGAACAUAUGUUUGUUGUUAAAGUUGCAUGAUACAUUGGAUUCAGGAUUGGCUAAACUUUACCACUUAACUUAAUGCUUGACUGAACCUUUUCAAAUUUAGAGAAUUGAGUUAGCUUGAUGUAACUGGGCGCGUUUGCUACACCAGUCAAUUGGGUUUCAUAACAUAACCUUGAAUUCAUUAUCUGGUUCCAUUGGUAAACAGCACAAUGGUCCUGGCACAAUAUAAGGAGCUGGUCGGUACCGCAGCGGCAGUUACUACUAUCGGACAGUUUCUCUCUCCUCUUUUUGUUUGCAAGAAGAUUGUGAAAAAUGGCAGUGCGAAGGGAAUGGAUCCGAUGCCCUUCAUCGGUGGAAUGGCCAUGUCAGUUCUCUUCCUUCAGUACGGUAUCAUCAUUGAUGACCCAGCCAUGAUCCCGGUCAACAUAUUUGGAUUUGUACUCAAUGUGGCUUAUUCCAUUUGCUUCUACAUGUACACAACUGAAAAGACAGAGUUCUUGUCGUCUGUGGGGAAGGUGUCCGCAGUAACAGCCGUACUGGUCGGCUACGCUCUCUGGGAGAAGCAGGAUCUUGUGGAGUUCAGGUUCGGAAUGAUUGUUACUGUGCUGAUGCUGGCCCUCAUAGGAGCCCCUCUCUUCUCCCUGGGGGAGAUAAUCAAGAACAAGAGCACAGAGAGUUUACCGUUUCCGAUGAUAGCUGCAGGGACAGUGGUGUCGACUUUGUGGCUCCUAUAUGCGAUCAUCAUUGAGAAUGUUUUCAUGCAGGUGCAAAACAUUGUAGCUCUGCUGCUUUGUUUAAUUCAGCUGUCACUAUUUGUCAUCUACCCAAGUACGCAGCCAAAGGUUGUUGAAGAGAAGAAGAAGAAAUAGUAGACAUACUAGAAUCACUGUUAGUCCACAUGUGCCUUCCUUGCCAUUUUUGUUGGAAUUGUUACGUAGUUCUAACGUUUCAGCACCGUAUUACCCUGUAGGUUAUUGCAAGGUAGUUCAAAUAUAAAUGAGAAUGUGUUUCCAUAGCUUGCGGCUUUCAUCUCUACUAUAGGUACUCAGUAAUGUAUAUUGCGUUAUUGUAAAUUGAGGCAAGACAUUCUCUGAGAUUUUCGGAUUUCAAAAUGUUCCACAUGAAAUUAUUGUGCCUUUCUCUGUUCAUUUCAUCAAAAGCCAUAGAACAUAACAUGUGCGAUAUAAAACAUUUUUGGGGGAAAAAGCCUAAUUUGGAAUUUCAUCACAGCAAUACAUCAACCACCUUCAAUUUAGAUUAUGGACCAUUUGAAUUUAUAAAUUCUGACCUUGACAAAUCAGCUUUUGGCAGAAUGUGGUACCAUUGGAGUUAGCCAACAACAAAAUUAUGAGAUUUACCAAUGAUGGAAGUAACGGAUAGCUGUUGGAAAUGUAAAUCAAAGAUUUCUUUCGUGGAUUUAAAGAUUUCUACUCUCUUUCCCAAAAUGGUUGGUGGGGAACUAAAUAUUUGUAAUGGAAUGUCUUGUUGAGUAAUAUCUUAAAUUAACAACCAACACCAAGACAAUCUAUUUCUGACCAUUCUGUCCAAAAUAGUUAUCGUUUGAACAAAGGUAAAUUCCAACUUCAAUUGAAAACCGUGUUGAAAGGAGACUACUUAGAGUCCUCCAUUUUUCACUUUUCUUUUAUCAAGGCAUUUUAAACAAAUGUGUCACUUGAUGGGGUUACUGUUAAAAAUGUUUUACUCACUCCUCCAAACACGCGUUUUCAAGGAAGGUUAAAAUAUUUUGAAUAGAGUGGUCACAAAUUGGUUUUGUACCAUCAGUACUUUUUGAGAUAUCACUCAAUUGCUUCUCAUUUUAAAUUUUUGAGUUGUUCUCCACCCUCCAUUUUGGGGAAGAAAGAUAGGAAAUUUUUUAUUUCCUAGCAAUGUCCUCAGACAGCGUUACUACAUAUCCCAAAAAAAUUUGAAAAUUCUCAACCGUUCAAGUGUUAAGGUCCCAAACUAAACAUAAAAGUAUGAUGAAAAAUGCUUUCUAUAUCCAUGAAUAUAUACCAUAUUUUGGUACAUAUUACCAUAUGCUGUAGGAUAAAGAAACAAUCUGAUCUUCUCAAAACGAUGUUGGAAGAAAUAAAGAUUCUACUGGUACCUUGUGAAAUAUGUAGACUAAAGACAUUUAAAAAAUAAGUUAGAUUUUUUUCUCAUUCUGUACCGUACAGCUACUGCAUACGUUGUUCCAUUUUAUCCAAAAUGUUGUGGCAGAGACAUUUAAUUUCAUACUGAUUAUAAAGGUAAAGAAAUCAGUUGGUUAGUACAAUAUAUUUCCACAUUUAGAUCCACAAAGAUGAAAUAAUUAUUUCACCAUUUCAGUUUUGCCACUUGUAUUGUAAAUGCGUAGAUACUUGAAUGAAACCAUCCAUUUCCUUACAAAUUUACAAUUUUGUUGUCUAUUCAAUGUGUAACUAUGUAUUACGCAGCUCUUUCAUAAAAGUUCAUCGUACGAUUUUGGACAGUAUGAAAUUAAGGUACAAACGUCGUAAUACAGUGUCUGAAUGAUGUUAACUGUACAUCACAGUCACUAACUGGUCAGUAAAAAAUUGCAAUCAAAACAUUUUAAAUCUUAAGGUCAUUCCAAUUUACUCCAGCAUUUAAUGUGCAUUUAAACAUGUCAUAUGAAUGAAAAACUCAAAUGAAAUAUAUUGUUUUUUAAUGUACCCAAGGGUGAUGUGGUUACCUGUAUUUACUCAAAUGAAUUUUACUCCUACUAAAGUUAAUGCUCUCUGCAAUAUAACGUCUGUCUGUCUGGCUGCAAUGGUGACCAAAAUAAGCCGUUCCCACAUUCCUAUCCAGACGUUUACGUCACUAGUACGUCGGCAAUGGAAACAAAAUUCUCACUUAAAUUUGAGACUCGUACUAGGAAGGUGCUGAAAUUGGUAACUUGUUACUUGUUUUAGAGUUUUAGCUAGUGAUAAUCCAUUCCAGUCGUAGAUUUUAUUUAGACCUUAAUUAGUGAAUUGUAUUUUAGUCGAGUCAACAGAAUCAAAAUGUAUAAGAUUGAAAGGUAAGAAAGUGCUUUCCAACAUUAAUGUUUGUUUGUUGAAAGUGAAUUGUAUGUUUGUCCAAUUGGUACAUAGGCAAGAUGAAAGUUGCAGAGGCUUCAAGCAGCUUGAGGCUAGGAUGCCUGCGGAAACCACUAAAGAGGGAGAAGUAAGGAAUAGAUACCAGUGACAGUGGUGGGUUAGUAGGCAUCGUAAAUUAAUUCAAGCAGAUAUCUUAAUCUAAUUUCUCUUAACCAUCAAUUAAAGGUGUUUGCCUCUCUUUAAAGUAGUUAACCCUAGAAGUGGCAAGCAAACUUUUAAAAAUUUUAAAGUGGCAUUCUUUUUUUCCUACUUGUAUUUACUUGGAUAUUAUUAAUCGUUUCUCUUCUUCCAUUAAAGGGGCUUCUGAAUUAUAAAAUUAAAAUGCUAUAAAAUGUGUUGUCUUUUUCUAUUGCAUGGUUGUAAUUGUGGUUAAUGGCAAUAAAAAUUCUGGUAUCAUAUAUCUUAACAUAGUAUUUUAUGUACGUGUUAAUGUAUUUUUCCAAAGCUCAUUCGAGCCAAUACUCCAAAUGUAACAUAUUACACAUAAAUAUUUCACAAAAAACAUGGAAACAUAUGUUUUGUUAAUUAUUUUUUUUUAUUUCAACCUUAUUUUUCAAAUGCUUUUGAAAAUACAUUUUUUAUUCAUCCCCAA